GUGGCAUCUUAAACUUAAACCCUAACGAAAAUCCAUCGCCAAAGAAGCAGCAGCGCUCCAGGCAGGCAGCAUCAAUGGCGUGGCUAAUCCGACCCUUAAGAAGAACCCUUUUUUCUCCUUCCCUUAGAACCGCACUCCUUCGUCAACACCCAAACUCCACCUCCUUUUCCAACUCCAGAGACUACAUCUCCGAUAUGCGUAAGUCUGCUUUUCAAGACAACAUUUUGAGGCUCCUUCGCAAAGAAAUCCAAUACGAGCACGAUCACUGCCCUCCAAAACAACCCACGACCAGAUUCAAUUCUUUUACCGUUGAUGACCGAUCAGGAGAGCAAUGGAUUAGAUUGAAAAGAAAAUUCAGAGAAAAGGAAGAUAUUACAAUUGAUGUAACCAUGUUUGACGGGUCUGUUCCUGUCCCUGAUUCUGGUCAAGUACAGUCUGAUGAGCAGCUUCAUAUAACAUUUAUUGUCAACAUCUCUAAGGGGGAUGAUAGUGAUGUCUUGGAGAUUGUCUGCUCAGCUUGGCCAAAUACCAUAGAUAUCCAAAAAUUUUAUGUUCGCGGGUGUAAUAGGACAGCGAAUCAUCCUUACACUGGUCCAGAGUUCAAGGAAUUGGAUGAACAACUGCAGGACUCACUCUAUGAGUUCUUGGAGGAAAGGAGUAUAAAUGAUGGACUUGCAAUAUUCUUGCAUGAAUACAUGAAAAACAAAGACAAAACUGAGUUCAUUAGAUGGUUGCAAACUGUCAAAUCUCACAUUGAGAAGAAAUAGAGCAGUUUUUUUUUGACUUGUUGCUGUUUUAGUUAACAAAAUCAUGACUUGCUAUACCAAUUCUAUCUGUGCCUCCAUUACAAGAAAUUGUGUUUGUGUAAAGCUUGAUGAAUCUAUUACUUGCCAAAUAUGAACCCACCCAUUGAAAAGCAAUGGAAACUUGGUGACCAACUGACCACUAGUUGCUACCCCUUUCAAGUUGGAUGAAACUACAGAUAUAAGUUAUGAUGUUGCGAACAUCAUAUAUAUUAUAUACACACUAAGUGUUAAGAAAUUGAUUUAGGGUUUAUUGUUAUUUUAUAUGAACUCCUUGUGGAUAAAUUUUGUCACCUACGUUGAUCGAAAUUGUUAAAUCAUUUGGCUUA